AACUGCCCGGGUGGAAUCAAUGUCUUAUGAUUAUCUGUAAUAAGUCCAUUUGAAACAGAUAUAUAAUUGAAAAGUAAUAGAAUUUGAAUAGAACAUUAUUUAGUGUAACGGGGCUAAGCUUAUAAAGCUAAUAAUGAAUCAACUCAAAAUCUUGGCCCGGGUAAGAGUGAAGAAUUGCACUGAACGACUUACUUGAAGUUGGUUAAUUUGAACUUUGACCUAUCUAAUCAUGGCGGCCUCCUCGGAAGAAGAUUACGACGUUUGUAUGACUGAUUUCAAGUACAUAUUCAAUCCUGAUUUACUCAAGGAUAAAGUUGCAUUUAUAACAGGGGGCGGUUCUGGAAUAUGCUUCACUAUAGCAGAGACACUCAUGAGGCAUGGUUGUCGUACUGUGAUAGCUAGUAGGAAGCUGCCCAAGCUGCAAGUGUCAGCUGAGAGACUGAGAGCUGCAACAAGUCAGCAGUGCUUACCCUUACAGAUGGAUGUCAGGAAGCCCCAGGAGGUUCUGAAAGCUGUGGAUGAUGCAUUGGCUCACUAUGGGAAGAUCGACAUUCUCAUCAAUGGAGCUGCUGGCAAUUUUUUAGCUCCGAUGGCAGGUCUUUCAUACAAUGCAUUCCGAACAGUUAUAGAGAUUGACACUCUUGGGACAUUCAAUGUUUGCAAGGCAGUCUAUGACAAAUGGUUCAAGAAAAAUGGUGGAAAUAUAGUGAACAUUACAGCAACACUAAGCAUGCGAGGCACAGCGCUACAGGGCCACGCAGGAUCAGCUAAAGCAGCAGUAGAUGCCAUGACACGCCAUAUGGCAGUUGAGUGGGGACCUGAAGGUAUCAGAGUGAACAGCCUUGCCCCUGGGCCCAUAGGCAAGACAGAGGGCAUGAGAAGAUUAGGAGGUGGUCGUGAUUUGACAAUGCUGACCCAGGGGAUACCCCUUCAGAGAAUUGGAACAAAGCUGGAUAUUGCCAACUGUACUCUCUUCCUUACCAGUGAAGCAGGAUCUCUAAUCACUGGCCAAAUAUUGAUAGCAGAUGGAGGCUCAGAGAUGACGGCUGUGAAUAAUCCACUUGUGAUGGCAAAGAUGAUGUCAAACAUUUAA